AUGCUAGAUUUGGAUGCCGAGCGCCUUGGUCGCUACAAGGGUGUCCUUACCUCGGGCCAGCUGUUUGAGUCUGACGGCUCUGGAACCAUGCACUUCUUCGGCAUGCGUUUCAAGCUGCACAGGGAUGUCUUUGUUCCACGGGCAGAGAGCCGCCACCUGGUGGAGGUGGUGAUGCAGCUGGGGAUUUUCGCUCGACGCACUCUUCGGAUCUUGGAUGUGACCCUCGGCGUCGGGAAUGCGCUGCUGCCUUUGCUUCAGCAGCAUUCAACUGCCCUGGGUAUUGGGAUUGACAUUAGCCAAGCGGCCGUGAGCCUGGCCAAAGAGAACGCCAAGCUUCACCAUCUCGAAGAGCGAGUGGUCUGUGAAGUCGGCGAUCUUCGGGAGCUCGUGGCUUCCAGGCGCGAGGCCUACGACGUCAUCCUUGCCAAUCCUCCCUACUCACCCGAUAGCGCGCAACGCCUGCGAAGCUACCACCAGGACUUGAAGCAAGACGCGUCCGGGUCGAUCCUGGUGAGCAUUGCGCAGCUCCACCCUCUCCUCGCUCCUGGGGGCAAGCUGGUGCUUCAACUGCCCACGGGGGAGACGCAGCUCUGCGCGCAGGUCCUUUGCAAGCAUGGCGACUUCAUUGUGGAAGCGCAGACGCGGAACACGCUGACGCUUGCACUGAAGUCCCGUGAGGCAGAUGGCAGUCGCGACUACGCGUUCUUCGAACUGCCCAAUGCGCUCAGAGUGGUGGUCGGCUCGGACCCCAAGUGUGACAAGGCGGGUGCAGCCCUGACCGUCAACGUGGGAAUGUGCUACGAGAGAAAAGAUCUUCCCGGCCUGGCGCACUUCCUCGAGCACAUGCUCUUCACGGGUACCAAGAAGUACCCCAAAGAAGGAGAGUACCAUGAGUUCAUCAAGCAGAAUGGUGGCGCAGCCAAUGCGAACACGGGCUGCUACACCACCAACUACAUGUUCCAGGUGAAGGUGGAGGCCUUGGCCGACGCCCUCGAUCGCUUCGCGCGCUUCUUUUCCGAGCCGCUGCUGACGAAGGACUGCACCGACCGGGAGAUCAACGCAGUCGACUCGGAGUUCCAAGCCGGGGUGACCAACCCCUUCUGGCGGGACAUAGGCAUUCUGAACAUGAGUGCCAACCCCGACCACCCUUUCCACGUCGCCUGCGGCAACAACAAGAUGCUGCGGGACGACCCGAAGGAGAAAGGCCUCGAUCUCUAUGCCGAAAUGCUCAAGUUCUACGAUGAGUUCUACUCGGCCAAUGGGAUGACGUUGUGCGUCAUUGGCAAGGAGAGCGUGGAGGAGUUGGAGGCAAUGAUUCGGGAGAGGUUCUCCGACAUCGGAAACAAGGGCUUGAGCCUGCCAAAAGGUGAGGCGGUCAGUGACCAGCCACCCUUCCUUCCCAAGGAGUGGAACCGCUUACUUUUGCAAGCGCCCGUCAAGGACGUCAAAUCGCUGAAGUUCAGCUGGGUGAUCCCAUGGCAAGGGCCGCUCUGGCGUAGCAAGCCCACCGCCUACGCGUCACACCUUUUGGGGCACGAGGGUGCCGGCUCCCUGACGGCCGUGCUCAAGGAGCGUGGUCUGAUCGUGAGCUGUGUGUCGUCCAUGGGCGGAUGGCUCGAGGGAGCCUUCUCGCUACUCCAGGUUUCUUUCACCUUGACGGAAGGCUCAGUGCAUGCCGUCGAGGAGAUUGGCAAGUGCCUCUUCACUUACAUUGGCAUGCUGCAGGUGGGACUGCCUUUAUGCACUCACAGCAAAGGGGGGGGCUAG